AUGGAUGCUGGGAAAUGGCACGUUGAGAAGAGGUCUACUCUGAGGAACGAUUCGUUUCUGAAAGAGUACGGUCAAGAAUCUGAAACUGGGAGCCUCUCCAUCAUAGUUCUCGGUGCCUCUGGUGAUCUCGCCAAGAAGAAGACUUUCCCUGCUCUUUUCAAUCUGUUUCACCAGGGGUUUCUUGAUGAAGAUGAAGUUCACAUAUUUGGAUAUGCAAGAUCUAAGAUUUCUGAUAAGGACCUCAGAGAUAAGAUCCGUGGAUAUCUUGUUGAUGAGAAGAACGCAUCUGAGAAAGCAGAAGCUUUGUCCAAGUUUCUACAGCUGAUUAAGUAUGUGAGUGGCCCUUAUGACUCUGAGGAGGGGUUCAAAAGAUUAGACAAGGCAAUCUCAGAGCACGAAGUCUCUAAAAAGAGCUCUGAAGGAUCUUCAAGGAGAUUGUUCUAUCUUGCACUCCCACCAUCUGUAUACCCUCCUGUAUGCAAGAUGAUCAAGGCAUGGUGCACUAACAAAUCUGAUGUUGGUGGAUGGACUCGGAUCGUUGUUGAGAAGCCAUUUGGAAAGGACCUGGAAUCUGCAGAGCAACUGAGCUCCCAGAUUGGAGAGCUGUUUGAUGAAUCACAGAUUUAUCGUAUUGAUCACUAUCUGGGAAAGGAAUUAGUCCAAAACAUGUUGGUCCUCCGGUUUGCCAAUCGGUUGUUCUUGCCACUAUGGAACCGCGACAAUAUAGCAAACGUGCAGAUCGUUUUCAGGGAAGAUUUUGGAACCGAAGGACGUGGAGGAUAUUUUGAUGAAUACGGAAUCAUUCGUGAUAUUAUUCAAAACCACUUGCUUCAAGUUCUUUGCCUCGUUGCCAUGGAGAAACCAAUCUCUCUUAAACCCGAGCACAUCCGGGAUGAGAAAGUGAAGGUUCUUCAAUCAGUGGUUCCUAUAAAAGAUGAAGAGGUGGUUCUUGGACAAUACGAAGGGUAUAGGGAUGAUCCAACUGUUCCAAAUGACUCAAACACUCCAACGUUUGCCACAACUGUUCUUCGCAUAAACAACGAAAGAUGGGAAGGUGUUCCAUUUAUUCUGAAGGCAGGAAAGGCAAUGAAUUCAAAGAAGGCAGAUAUUCGCAUUCAGUUUAAGGAUGUUCCUGGUGAUAUAUUCAAAUGUCAAAAGCAAGGGAGGAACGAGUUUGUUAUACGCUUGCAACCUUCAGAGGCCAUGUACAUGAAGCUAACUGUGAAGCAACCGGGUCUGGAGAUGCAAACCGUGCAGAGUGAACUAGACCUAUCGUACAAGCAACGGUACCAAGGUGUCGCUAUUCCAGAGGCUUACGAGCGCCUAAUUCUUGACACAAUCAAAGGCGACCAACAACAUUUUGUUCGCAGAGACGAGUUGAAGGCAGCUUGGGAAAUCUUCACUCCUCUGCUUCAUAGGAUCAGCAAUGGAGAACUGAAAUCGAUACCAUACAAACAAGGAAGCCGAGGCCCAACCGAAGCAGAUCAGCUACUAACGAAAGCUGGUUACUUGCAGACCCAUGGCUACAUGUGGAUCCCUCCUACAUUGUAA